AUGACUACGCAAGGGGGCAGCAAAUCUGGCGGAGAGCUCAACUCGCUUUGCGAUCUACAGCAGAGGGUCCGGCCCGUGACAAGAAGCCGGGCAUGUGGCCCAUACGUGGCAUUGGGUGAGCGUAUCUUUCCCCAGCACCGAAACUGCCUCUCUAGCUUGGCUCACUACAGGCAUAGCCUGAGCAACCUAGGCAGUAACAUUACCGCUUCUUUUAUAUAUGUACAGCUGAGAUGCUAGAUGUUUGUUUUCUCUUUGUUCCAGGGGUUUUUCAGUAUCCUGAAUAGUACAAUUUGAUAUCUCAUGUUCAAUCUCUUAGUAAUUCUCUAGCCUGGCACUUUUUUUCUUACUCAUUCGUAUGGUCGUAAUCCUAGUCCAACCUAUGCCUGCAUGUUUGGCCUGUUAUUUCUCUUGGGCUAGAGAUGGCUCUAUCACCCAGAAUUGCUUAUAACUUUAACUGUGUAACACUUCACUGUACUAAAUGCAUAUUUCUGUUUUUUUACUAUUGUUUGUAUGUCAUCAACCAUCCAAUAAAACAAAGAUUGACUAAAAAAAAAAUAAACACCUAAAUAAUAUAUAAACCAGGGAUCAGUUGGACUGAAUGCUUAACAUUUACAACCAAAUGCUCAAAAGUUACUGAACACUAAAAUUAGUGAAUGUUGACUGAAUGUGGAACAUAUCUGAAUGUUUUUUUUUUUUUAAUUGUACAAAUUGAUUCAUAUGAACAAAAGUUUUGCACAAGUCAAUAAUGAUUUCUUUACCUUGUAACUCAUUAGAUUUAUCAUGUGGGUACAUGAUUGCAACCAGUGGUAGCCUUAUUUGAUAGACGGUAAAUAAUAAAUAAUAAUAAUCUAACACAACACAAUGCUGUGUGGCGGGCCAGAACUGAGGAUGUCAGUCAGUCUAGUGUGCCUUGACACCCAACUGACAUGCCCCUUUAGUGAGUGUGCACCGAUUUGCAGAUGGGCCUUCUCUUGAGGGAUGUUGCCAGACAAGCACCCACCUGUUCCAAUCCCAUAGAUCACAAUGUUUAGUUGUCAAUAUACAGGGUAUAUUGCAAUAUAUAUAUUUUUAUUUCUUUAUGAUGUCUAUCUACAGCUGCUGAAAAACUGCACUUGGAAUAAUUUUUGUCCUUUGUAAUCUGUUCACUUUUAGCCCUUUUAAGACUUUUAAGAGCUCUAAUUCGAUACAAGGCAGAGGAGCAGGUAAGGCAUCAUUGUCUAUUUUAGUCCACUCUGUUGUGCUACAGGUAGUGGCAGUGCAGGAGGGGGUGCUUGACUCUUUAGAAUGUUACUGCAUUGAGCUAAUUAACGAUUCUCAAACAAUUUUCAUGUACAUGCCGUUAGGAACCCAAAGACACAUCACAAUAAGGUCCAGGUAAGCAUUAAUAGACAAAUACUGGAUAGAUGAGAAGAAAAUGACAAGAUACAGAAAUAAGAACAAAUGCUUAAAAAAGUAACACAAAAAGUAGCAGGCAUAACCACAGGCUCUUACAUAAACCCUGGAUAAACCAAGCUGGAUAAAAAGCUAGUUUUAUUGAAAACUAAUAAUAAAGCAAAAACUAUAGCAUAAACCACAAACAAGUGUUUUAUUGGUGUUCUAUGCUAUAUUUUUGUUUUUAUUAUUAUUAUUUUUUAAUUCUAUUUAGAUCUUCCUGAUUUUAUUUCUGAAGUUUUUAUCUGGAGGCUUCACAAUUUUAUUUCCUUGUUGGGGGGGAAUAUAAUACCUAUACUGUUUGGGAUUAAGCAAAACCUUCUUUGGUCUCAUUUUGUGAGUUUACCUCCUUUUAUUAUCCUUUUUUUGCACUUAUAAAGAGAGCACUAAAUUAAGUUUAAUUUCUAAUCCAUAUACCGGUGAACUCCUACUGCGACUAUACUGUGCACUAGAGAAGAACACUCCCAACACAUAGCACCAAAAGCUAUCUUCUGGCCUUGGAACAUAUUCUAACAAAGGACCAAGACCAUCAGCAUAUCCACAGGCGAGGAUUGUACCAUCCAAGCGCACAUAUCUGGAGACGAUUGUAAUUUAUUUUAGUUAACUCACUGGUAAUUGGUAUUUUUCAUAUUACUGCAUUCCUAUUUAGGUUUGAGGAUACUUUGAAAGCGCUGCUUCCCUACACCCCCUUAUUCCAUAUUGUAUCUACCCACAAACUGGAAGAAGAGACUGGAUUGGGAAGACAAGCGCCAGAAAUCUCACCCAUAUAAACAAAUAGCAGUGCUUAUUGCUAUAGUGAUGCAUUAUUUGUUGUCACUUUGUGAAAGGGAGUUACAAGAAUAGUUUAGGACUUGAUUUUAUUACUAUUUAAACUGUAUUUUGAAGGUUAAUCAUUCGGUCAAUGCGUGAGUCUUCGUUCUAAGGAGUAGUACCUUUUUAUUGCCAAUUUCUGAAGUUAAUGGCCUUUUGAUUUUGAUCCAAAUGAAUUGACCUCAUAUCAUGACUUGAUUGCUUUAAUCUUUAACAUAAUUAUAUAAUCCAAUGAUCUAUAAAUGACAAUGACAAUGUAGGAGUAGAAUAUUUUGUUCAAAGACAUCAACGAAACAGGUAGACACCAUACUGCUAUAGAAUAUACUUUAAAAUGCCAUAAGUAAUAUUUUUAGACAUAAGUUCAUAUAUUUUAUAGUUUUAAAUAUUUUGGCAUGAAUAUGAGAAAAUUGCUAAAAUGUUAACAUGUAUUAAAAAAUAGUUAUUGCAAUUGUAAUUUAGAAACAUUUAGCUUAAAUAUGUUUGGGCACAUCUGGGUUACGCUGGAUUCUAGAAUGUUACUAUUAAGUUUUCUUUAUCUAAAAAGUAUUUUAAGAAUAUAUAGGAAUAUAAUAUAAUUAUUUUUUAUUUAAUAUCAUUAGUUCCAAGAUUUGGGUUUCUGUUUGUUUUUUUACAUUUAAUAUAUUUUUACAUUUAAUAUAUUUUACAUCAAAUCAAACAAUAUAUAUUUUACAUCUAAUGUUUGAUUUGAUGUAAAAGAUCAGAUUUUGAUAAGUAACUGCAUUAUAAAUACUGACACCUAGAACAUACACAUAAUAGAAUAUCAACAAUGAAAACCUUAAAAUGCUUAUUCAAAAAUAUUAAAUUAGAGCUAUACAUGACAUACUGUGCAGGCCCCCACUUGACUGCCAGCUGUUUGUCAUAUUGGGUCCACAUGCUGACAAGUUGUGUUUAACCAACGCCUCCAUAUUCACUUUUUACUAUUUAAUUUUAUUUUUAUUCCUAUUUUUUUAAUUAAAUUUUUUGUAUUUAAUUUGUUUUUUAUUUGUUUAUUAUAGUUUUUUUUGUCUUUCUCUCUUUGCCCUUGUCACUCUUCUUUCCCAUAAGUCUCAUCUUGCUCCUUUUUCUAGAUUCUAGAUUUUUUAUUCUUCUUAUUUUACCACCUAGUUCAGGUUGGAAUUAUUUGUAAUUAAUGGGUGACUAUAACGUCCCUUUGACCUCUGAUUUUAGAGAAAUCUAGACAUUUGCUAGCAAUUCUGCUGCAUAAUAUGUACGUGAAAUAUGAUUCUAGAUCAUUUAAGAUUAAGUUGUAUUUGUCAUGACAGGUACCCGUUAACGGUAAUAGCUAGGGAGCUACCAAGAGUGUACAAGAAUUUGUAUGCCAGUAUAAGGGAACACACAUCUAAAGGAAGACAAGAUAGGGAGAUCAUCUGGACUUAAUGAGACAUACGGUAGUUGGAGGUCUCUCAGUCAUUUGCAUAUACUCACAAUAACAAGAAGCCCAGUGCCAUGCUCAUAUGUAUUAAGGUGUAUGCCCAAAACAAAUAUAUAAUUCAUAGUGGACCAGUGGGAGAGGCAGAAGUGACGAAGCUGCAAAAAAGCAUACAGCAGCACUAUAGGACCCUCCAUUACAUCAUCAAACGAGGGGUGCUUAUUUCCUCUAGGUGAUGGAUACAGUGACCUUAUUAUGUCUGUCUCUCUAAGGUAAUAAGAAGUCAAGCCCAAUCACCACCAUAGUUUAGUGCACACAGUACUGUAUGUUCUCAGGGGAUGAAAGGACACCUAGGGUCCAAAAUGGCAUCUGGAUCUACCAUCUCUGUUCACUUGAUGAGCUGCAUUGAUAGGCAUGAUGCAAGGGGGGGGGGGAGGGAUUUGAAAAGGUGGGAUAACCAGUGAUAGCUGCAGAGGUAAAUCUUCAAAAUAUUGGUCAGUAAAUAAUGUACAUUUUAUGAAACAAGACUUCAAGAUUACUAUUGACUUUGUCAUCCGUGUCAGGGGAAUUUAUAGUAAAUGCCCUCUCAGAGAGCACCAAAAUGUAGUGGAAACUGGCCCAAUGGAAAGUUUGAGCCCACAGGUAUAGGUAUGUGUAAAAUCCUGUGUAAGAUGGUACUAAAGCAGAUCCCUAUUAACCACAUGCAGCCAGAACACAGUACAAAGUGUGAAAUGGGCUCACUGUUAACUGCUAAUUGCAUCGGUUGCAGAAUCAAGUGUCCAUCAAAAGUGCAGAGUAAUCUGCAGUCCGCUGGGUUGAAGGAAGCUGCCAGGUACUAUGCAGUAGACACCUGAGAUUUGUUUUGUCGAGUAGGCCGCAAAGCUGCCAUUGCACGUGGAACCUCUGAUUCACACUAAAAGAGCUCAUUUGAAUGGACUGGAUAAGCAGGAAGCAAAGGAGCUAAAGGCAAAUAGUACAGCCAGGCUGGGAAACGACACUUACAUUUUUUUUCAGAUUUAAUACAGAACUCACCGAGCUGGUAAUAAUAGAUGAAUCAUCAGCAUUCCACAAGUGUAUUUUAAAGUAGUUCAUGGAGUCUCCAAACCAAAAACAAAAUGUGGCAAUGCUUGGGUAGAUACAAUAAUUGUAUUUAUUUAUUAGUGAGUGACACUAUUGUUUUUGUUUGACUGUUUUUUUUUUUAAGUGGGUGGAGGGGUAUUUCACUUUGAUAUUUAGUAACAGGUAUUAAAAAGCAUCCAACAUAAAAAAAAACACUCCAUGGGAAACUAUGUCGUGUUCUUGGUUCAUAUGUCGUGUUGGGCCAGUUGUAGCAUGCUGGUGUACCAUCUAUUAGCUAUGCAAUGCUAGCCAGGCUACCACCUGGAAAAGUUAGAAAAGUAAAUGCCUGACUUAAAUCAUUAAGUAACUGAGGAAGACAAAGUCAAGCAGUUAGUGGCAUAUUCUUUUAUGGUAUGUGUGACGGACCGCCUGGCACCCUGACCUCCGUCAAUCGGUGCUUCCUAGUACUUGCGAGUACCAUUAGCACUGCAUGGAACACCAUUACCACUGUAAACCCCACGAACUGCCGCAGCUUGGUUGGGGUCUCGCUGUCCUCCACCCACCCUGGACCCAAGACCAGGAUCCAGCUUCCAGUGGGUAGACCUCUCCUAGUCCAGAGAGCAUAGCAGAAACAGCUCUUAUAAGAGCUAGUGAUUAUACUCAGGGGAGUAUUGUGUUAUAGCAAUCCCCAGAGUGUAUGUAGUUCUCCAAUCCCCAAACAUGAGUCAAAACUUCAAGAAGGGGUAAACGAAUCUCUCUUUAAUGGGAGCCACACUUGGCCUUUUAUGACAAUCCCCAUGCAAGGGGUACGCCCACAUGGAUCUUGUUGGGGACUCCAACACAAAGACACAGACCAAUAAGAGCAGUGAUUAAAUGCACUACACUCCCAUACACAUCACACAAUCCCUCCCUUCUGCUUGGGAGAUAAUUGGAUCAGUAACUGUACUAAUUUUAAUACAAUUAUCUCCAAGCACAGAAAAACACUUUUUUAAAACACCCCAAAACACCCCAAAAGUACCUUAAAAUACAUAAAACCCCACAAGCCCUGAUAGCCCUGAUCUGGGUGACCAACAUAUCCAAAAAUCACCAAGAUCAGUUCAGGGGUUCAGGAAUGUCCUGGAAGUCUUAUUUUUGACCCACCGUGCACAUGGUCCCAUGCCCAAAACAUUUCCAGAGAAUUAGGGCUAAUGGUCGGUCUCUCUGUCUGGAGUACAAAAGUACAUACUUCACAUUAACAGAGCCUUUUAAAGGGCAUUGGGCAAGGUAUAUUGCAGCGCCCAUAGUCCUGAGGCAAGAGGCUGGCCAGCAGGCCCCUCCAAGAACCCGUGACGAGGUUCAGUUCGUCACAGGGCCAUAAUCACAGGGUAGGAGGCUGGCAAACAGGCCCCUCCAAAAGCCAGUGACGAGGUUACUUUCGUCACAGUAUGACAUAACCAUAAAAAGAAUUGUAAAAUAGUCUAUUGUCAAAGAAACUAACCACAUAAUCAAUGAUAUGGUAGGAUAUCAUUUAUUAUAUUGUGAAGUGCUGUGAAAUAGGUUGGCAUUAUAUAAAAAAAAAACUGCAGUUAACCUUUACUGUUCUUAGUUUUUAGAUAAGAUGAAAAAAAUAGUAAUCUGAAAUGACCAAAUAAAUAUAUGAUCUUGUUGACAUCAGGAAUAUUUGAUGUUGCUUUGUAUGAUUAAUCAAUAUUUGUAGAGAACACACAUUUAAGUGGUAGUAAAGGAUUAGCCCCAACCUCCCCCCACCCAAAAAAAAAAAUGGUGGGGAAUAUCCAUAACUAUUGCUAGAUGAUCUUUGUGGUAGAUUGAACACAUUAAUUCUUUAGUAAUAUAAAAAAGUAACAAUAAAGUGUGUGGUCUCAGUGGAGGACUGGCUAAUGGCCUCCAAUCUCUUGUGUGUGGGAGAGUGGAGAUAAGGUUUAACUUGGUAGAUGUCCAGCAGGUAAAUGGGAGAUGUUACUAUAACCUGGUACCAAAAGCAUAAAAGUGAGGCUUGCCUGGUAAUGUCAUUAUAUAAAUAAACCUAGGCAUGCCUCCUGGAUUUGCUCUAAGACUGGGUGGCAAUGCAAUUUUGGGCACCUGAAGGGUUGGAGUAAAGAUUAUGAGAAAUCUAACAUGUCUUUAUUUGAUUAUGGAAUCAAUCUCCACCCAUAAGACGUGGUGAAGAAAGAAAAGAGCUGUUUGACUCUCUCAUGUUAUAUACGUCCAGCAUACAUUUUUGUUGUACACAGCUGGGUGUUUUAUAGCUGCAACAGCAAAGAUGUUUUGAUGUUUACAGUUUUUAAUGGUCAUUAACUCGUUUUUUCUAAACUAAACUAAACUAACAUUGUGAAAAUAGAGCAAGUGUUGAAUUACACUUGGAAUUCAUCCUUACAAACUAUGCUAUUCAAUAGUAAAUAUUUUUUACAGAUUAUAGAAUUAACUAAUUUAUUGAUUACGCUGUUAGUUGCAGCAGCUAGUAAAUAAACUGAAUAGUUGUAUGGUUGUUUUUUUUAUAGCAAUCCUUUAUCUCCUCUCAGGGAAAAUUGUCAGAAUGGAUGACACUGAAGACCACAUUGCAAUAGUUGGAAUUGGCUGUAAUUUCCCAGGAGGUGAGUUUUUUGUUCUCCACUUUCUUGAAAGCCCCUUUCGCCAAGCACCCAUAAAAGGCACAAAAAUUAUCAGGCACAAAAUCACUUUCUCAUAUGGUACAAUUGACUUUAAUCAAAAAUGCUAAUUUAAUUACCCUCUGUUCAUUUGAGUCAUGGUCAAGCUCCUGUGGGCGCAGACCGAGCAUUCAUGGCAUUCAUUCAUGGCAUUCAGUCAUGUAACAUGGCGAUUUAUUGAACAGGUGAAGGCAUUGAUAAUUUCUGGAAAGUAAUUGUUGAGGGAAGAAACUGCGCAGUAGACAUCCCCAGUGAAAGGUUUGAUGUCAAAAAGUGGUAUGAUCCAGAUUAUAACAAACCGGGCAAAUCCUGGACCUGUCGAGCAGCUCUCAUCGAGGGGUAAGCGAUUUAAAGUUCUAUUAUAAAAAUUGAUCAAUAUGAUAGUUCGUGACCUUACACUCUGAAUUAUAUAAGGAACACACUUUUAGGAGGGACGCCACUAGUAUGGCCUUUAAAAUCUGCUUUCCCUAUUUUCUAUCCUGAUGUUCUUCUUUACUAUAAGCUCUAAUUUUAUGGAUGUAUUUGUAUAUAUGAACAAUUUGAACACACAUCGACCUAAUAUUCACCUAGAGUAGACCAGCUACCUGUCUUUGCCUCUCCAUGCCUUAAACUGAAGUGUCCUUUUUUUUUGCUUAUUUGCAUUUUUAGGGGGUAUGAAUGGAGGUAGAAACAAAAGUUCUUAGUUUACAGUUUUAAAAUGGUUGAUGAAGACAUUGUUCCAUACAGUUAGUGACACUAGUAUGGGGUGAUGACGAUAGCAGACAUGAGAAAAUGGAAACGACUUCUCAAGAAAUAGAUGUAGUUAAAAAGAUCCUUUUAUUUAAAGGAUCACUAUAGGGUCAGGAACACAAACAUGUAUUCCUGACCCUAUAUUGCUAAGCCCACCUUUUAGGUGGCUUUCCCCCCCUUAGCCUCCCUAUAAAAGUUUAAAACUCACCUUAUUUCCAGCCCCGCGCGGGUCUGCCAUUGCUGGCUCCGCCCAUUUUGAGACAUAAUCAAAAUGGCCAAUUUUUAGCCAAACCAAUGCUUUCCCAUAUUUAAAAUUUUUAAAAUUCUCCCUUUUUCUAUCAUUUUGAAAUAUUUAUUCUUAAUAGACUCUAUGGGGUUACCUUCCAAUUUAGAAUUAAACUUAAUUUUAGUUUAAUUGCAGUCAAAUGGACAUGGACAUCUGCAAGGGUAUCUAAAGAGGCAGCAGGGUCCCAAAAAUUCUUAAAAUUUUUAAAUCCAUUUCAAAAUAGCAACAUGAUAAUCUGAUGGCCUGGUAAUUUUUGUGAUAUAAACCAUUUCGAUCAUUUAGCUCACAAAUCAUUUCUUCUUUUUUGAAACUUCAUAAAGCAUUAGUUGUUUUGCCCUUCACAGUAUCUGUUGGAAUGAGGCAACUCAUUCACUCUUAGGUAUCUUCAAAUGACACAAUGUUGCUUCAGAUGUAUGCUGCAAUGUAGCAGUUUUGUGUUGAUAUGUACCCACACUUAGCGCCAAUCAGGUUGAUUGGAGGUGCAUAUGUUUCUAGUGCCACUGUUUUUUAUGAGAAAAAUGCUAGCAAUUUCUCAGAAUAUUUAUGUAAUCUGUGUCCACAAGAGGAAGUUUGUAGCUCCACUCCCUCCCUCCCUUUGUGGGCUAACUCACAGCCUCCCCUACAUUGGCAGUCGUUGAUCAAGAGUAAUAAGUAAGGGUUAAUUAAAUGUGUCUCAUCCAAUUAUCUGGCAUUUAUUAAUGGGGAGAAGGGUAGUUUUCUCAGACCUCCUCACCUAAGUGAAACCAGUUUUAUGUAAUCAUUUAAUUUGAUUGUUUGUGCAUUUUUCUAUAUAUGUAAGCCUUUUCUCAAAUUUAUAUAAAUUGUGCAACCUUAUUUUCACAAUCUAUAUAGACUGGAUGAAUUUGAUAACAAGCUCUUUGGAAUUUCCAAUUCGGAGACUGAAAACAUGGAUCCACAGCACAAAUUACUGCUUGAAUCUACCUUUCGUGCAAUGGAGGAUGCAGGAUAUCCAAUGGAGAGUGUUAGUGGAAGCAACACUGGAGUCUUUAUAGGUAAAAUGAUCAUGAAUAUAAUAAAUGUAUUUAAGAGCUGAUAAUUAUAAUAUUUGGAAAUAGGCCAUUUGUUGUGCCCAUGGACAGUGUGUGUACAUCUAAUCAUGCGCUCAUGCUGUGCUGGGCAAGGGAAGUUUCCUGGUAUCCCCAGAUGCGGAACAGUCCUGCUGAAAUUGGAACUCUUGAGGGGCCUGACAAUGCAUGACCGGUGCAUAGUCGCCAUAAGGGCAGGUGGAGAUAACCCCAUACCCACCCCUGUUAUCAUUAAAACGUGGACACUCAGAGGUAUGGGUCAAUAUGUCCACAGCUUUAUUGAAGACAUCAUAUAUAUAUAUAUAUAUAUAUAUAUAUAUAUAUAUAUAUAUAUAUAUAUAUAUAAUAACCUUUUACAAAAUAUCAACAGAACUUGUAAAGUCAUUGCCCUGCCCUCCACCCAUACAUCACCAUACAUACCCAUCUGUCACAAAAAAGGCAAUGACCCAUAUAGUAAACAUUUCCAUAGCAGUGUAAUGACACAAAUAUAUGCAUAAAUAAAGUGCAACAUAAUGCUUAACCACCUCCUGGUAGGGGUAUACCCGGAUACCCCUACACCUCCAAGGUUCUGAGCCCCCCGACGGGCUGUAAACCCACCAACAUAAUACCAACAUUGCAACCAACUUUCUUAACUUUUUUUAAUUUUACCAUAGACCAUAUUUAGCCCUUGCCUUCCCCUCACCAACCCCGCCGCUGUGACCAAGCGAGACUGCAACCCUGGAACCCAAAUCAAGGGAGGGAGGGGCCAACCCAGAAUGGUGAGUAGAUUAGUUGUGGCAAAAUUAGGAUGGCCACCCUAUAUAUACUAGGCCUGCCCCUAUCCUAACCAGCCAAUCCCUGCCAUCCCCACCUAAGCCCGCCUCCUAGCCCUGUCAAGGCCUCCAUUUCACUUUAGUUAUGCUUGCUCUAUGGGGCCACAUUAUUGAAAACACAUCUAGACCUUGAGAGGCUUCCAUUAUAUAUCAGAGUACAAAUUCCCUAAGUAGCUUUGGGUUAAAUAUUUUUCCCUUAAGUCUGAAUAAACAACAUAGUUUUCUUUAGUUCUUUGUAGAGUUCCGUUACUGAACAAGUCACAAGAGAGCUGCUUUCAAUGGCCCUUUAGAUAUAUUGGCCAUGAAAACAGCUCUCUGGUACUUUAGAGUUCUGUACUGUAACAUACUAUAUAUUACACUUUGCUCUUCUGUGUUGUACUAUACUGUAAUCCCUACAAAAGCAGUGCAUCUUCAGCCUCCUGCGCCAACCACAAAUACAUUUAUAUUUAUGUGUGUGUAACCCCUUGCUCACCCACCUUCGGUGAAGGUGGUGCAGGCUGGAUAGUCACCCUUGAUGCUGCUUCUUGCAGGAACGAUCUCUGCUGGAGCAAGAAGUCUGUGACAUUUUGACUAACUUAAUUUAUGGUGCAUAUUAUAAACAGAUGUCCACAGGCAUCAAAAUGUAAUAUAUUUGGUUUAAAAGGUUUAUUUGAUCAGAAGUACAAAAAAAAAAAAUGUUUCGGCCGUGAGGCUGAAAAUUGUUCCCGAUUUAAUAUACAGUGACUCCACUCAGUGAUUUUAUACUUCUUAGGGAACCCACAGCACUGAGACUGUGAUACCCCACACAUAAUAAUUAAACAGGCACUAAUUGUGACAUAGCAAAUAUAUUCAAAUGUUAAUACGAUGCAAUAAAAUAAAGUAACAAUAUUAACUGCAUGCCUAUCUAUCAGUAUAAAUGCUGCUUGCUUGUUACUGUCCUCUAUAAACACCUAAUUCAGCAUGGACACUGAUCAGUCACAACAUUAAAACCACCUGCCUAAUAUCAUCUAAGUCCCCCUUGUGCUGCUAAAACAACUCUGGACUCCACAAGAACUCUGAAUGUGUCCUGUGGUAAGUGGCACCAAUACAUUAGCAGCUGAUCAUAUAAGUCCUGCAAGUUGCAAGGUGUGGUCUCCAUGGAUUGGAUUUGUUGUUCAGCACAUCCCAUAGAUGCUCAAUUGGACUGAGAUCUGGGGAAUUUGGAGGGCAAGGCAAUACCUUGACUCUCUGUCAUGUUUCUCAAACCAUUGUAGAACAAUUUUUUGUAGUGUGGCAGAGUGUAUUACCCCAGUGAAAGAGACCACUGCCAUCAGAAAAACACCAUUGCCGUGGAUGGGUGUACAUGGUCUGCAACAAUCUCUAGGUAUGGGGUACGCAUCAAAGUGACAUCCACAUGGAUGCCAGGAUCCAAGGUUUUUAAGCAGAACAUAGUCCAGAGUAUAACACUGCCUCUGCCUGUCUGCAAUCUUCUCAUAGUGCAUCCUGCUGCCAUCUCUUUCCCAGGUAUAUGAUGCACAUGCACCUGGUCAUCCACAUGAUAUAAAAGGAAAUGUGAUUCAUUAGACAAGGCAACCUUCUUCCAUUGCUCCAUGACUUAGUUCUGAUGUCCAGGUUUCCCCCUUAAAUGCACUUUUGGAGGCUGCCAGGGAUCACCAUGGGCACUCUAACUGGUCUGCGGUUAUGCACAGCCUGAAAUACGUCUCACUGCGAAUGAGAGAGAGCAUCGGCCAUUACAUUGCAAACCCCCAGGAUAUGCUCAGCCCUUCAAGACACAUUAAGACCCAAACAGUGUAGAACCAAGCGCCGCAGCAAGCGAGCCACCGGGGGAGAAGACCGCCUGUCCGAGAGUUGGGGACCCCACACUUCUAACGCCACCAGAAUGAGGAAGAGCUGCAGGAAAGCCAGAUUCCAUGUGCACCUGCCAGCCUACCAGCCAAGAGGCAGAACACCAUUGAAAGCCCAAAAUGGCCCCAAAACCACCCAAGCCUACUGCAUCGGUAAACAGGAGGAGAUCAGUGUUGGAGACCUCCAGGCUUGCCAGUAUGUUCUACCGUUAUAGGAGGCCAAGAAGGUAUUCCAGACAGCUAGGUCAUCCCAUAACGGCCGAGUAAACCGAAUAAAGUGCUGAGGGUGGGUGAUCCCGGCCGUCGCCGCUGCCAGACGUCUGUUAAAGAUUCGCCCCAUGGGCAAAAUCCGACAGGCGAAGUUCAGCUUACCUAGGAGAGACUGCAGCCAGUGACACCUCCUGCCGGAGGUCCUGAACCUUAGUCAGGGGCAACAGACAUUCCCCAGCCACAGAAUCAAUCUCGAUGCCCAGAAAAUUAAGGCACGUAACCGGACCCACGGUCUUGUCAUGGGCCAACGAAACACUGAAAUACUGAAACACUUCCCCAAGAACCCGCGACAUCAGAGCGCGGAGAUGUGAUUCUGCCCUUCCACACACAAGAAGUCAUCCAGACAGUGCAAAAGGGAGUUGACCCCCACUUCACUACCCACUCCAGGAAAGUGCUAAAGCACUCAAAGUAAAAACAGGAUAGGGUCGCAACCCAUAGGGAGGCACAUAUACACAUAAAACUGACCUUUAAAAGUACAACCCAGGAGAUAAUGACACUCCAGGUGCACUGGUGGCAGCCAGAAAGUUGAUUCCACAUCUGUCUUUUCCAGCAAGGCCCCAGAGCCGGCAGCCCGGACAAUGCGGGCCGCCACAUCAAAGGAGGGUACAACAAAUGAUGAAUUAGGCGAUAUUUACCCUGUUCCUUCUUGGGCAAAGGAGAAACCCGCAGAUUGGACAUAGGGGGCACACAAAAGGAGCCGGUGGUCUCGGUGACUAUAGUGCCCCUUUAAGGUCCUGGAUGCGGCCUAAUUUGCUACUGUCCUUCCUCUUUCGUAUAGCAAAGCCCACAAAUUUAAAAGUUCCAAAACAACAAAAUUAGGCAAAAUAAUGAGAGAAUGAGGAUUUAGUUAUAGCCUACAUAGCCUACAUAGUUAUUAUCCUACAUUGCAUAAGUCUGCCACAAUGCCAAUGCACACCUUAUCGGAAAGUCCAGCUUGAUACUCUAAUGUAUGCUGUUGUAAGAUUAACUCACUUACUUCGAAUAUCCAUGUUCCUAGUGCAAGUAUAAUUAGGAUUCUGGAAUAAGGCACAUGUAAGGUGUAGGGAUGCGAUACUACUUAAACAUACAUAGAUUAUAAGGAUGUUGCUAGGUCCAAUUGAAGCCACAUACAGAAUCCAAUGCAAUGAGUCCCCGAAAAAAGCAGUUUUGGUGACAUCCACUGUCUUCUUUAGAAUUCUGCAGAGAAAGACUAUGUUUUGAUAGACAGAAUUAUAUGUGGACAGCUAAACAAGCAAGAUGAAAACAUUUUGGAUGAUAACAAUUUCUUGUCUUGUUUUGAUUGUCAGCUUCAACACAAAACCAAGAUUGUGUAUACAUAAUUUGUAGACACCACAACCCAAUGAGUAGAUGACGUGCUUUUUUUUGUAUAAAAUCUACAGAUAGUGGGCCAACUGUAAAGACCUUCUAAAGGAGAGUCGUUGCUUAGAUUGCUCACAUAAUUCUCAUAAAACGAUUGAAAAAGUAGAGUAUGUAACUAUAGAUUCCUGAUAGUUCUUUCUUGUCAGUACCUGAUGAUAUUAUCAGAUAAUCAUCCUCCUUUUACAGUAGGCAGUGCUCUACAUGCUCUAAUUUUGGUCCAAAUGUCAGGGGGAAAAAUCCCACAGUUCAUUGUUUUGCUUCAAUUGCAGUGCUUUAACAAGUAGCCCUUUUUUUCUUUUAAAUAACAAUAAAAAUUUUAUUUUUUUUUAUUUUUUUUAUUAUAGGUCUUAUGAACAGAGAUUCGGAAUCAAUAUUUAAUGCUUAUGAAUCCUCAAUCAAUCAUUAUAAUGGCACGGGAACAGCAACAAGUAUUGCAGCAAACAGGGUAUCUUACUGCUUCAAUCUGAACGGUCCGUCCAUGGUAAUAGACACUGCCUGCUCGUCCUCUCUUACAGCUCUGCAUUACGCCUGUCAAGCCAUCAAACAAGGUUCAGUAGUUAUUGUAUUAAAUUGUAUAAUAUUGAACUUAAUAAUUAUUCUAAGAGGCGCUAGUACAGGUAUUUGCAAUUUUCUGGAUCAUCCUGUUGUUCCCAAGAUAUUAUAAUUUUAACAUGGUCCAAUUUAAGUUCCCUCACAGGACUGGACAUGAACCUAAUGUUUUGUACCUUAUUGCCAUACAAGAGUGCAGAGGCUGCUUUUUUAUUUUGCUAUACACUAAUUUAAUGGAGGUCUAAUGGUCUCUUUGCUACCUUAAUUGAUUGUAAACGGUUUUAUUUUCAUGAAUUCUACAGAAUAAAAUUUAGUCAAAAAAGUAGAGAGGCGAAUAUAUGCUCUAGUUAUGAUUACCAGCCAACUCCAGAGGAAAGGAAUAUAGCUGCCACAAUCAAGUAGUCACUUAUACAUUUCCUGUAAACAUGCAGGAAAUGUAAGCUCACCCCAUGCUUUCAAACAGUACAUAAAGGUUCCAUGGGUCACAUCAUUCAUACAGUUAGGGAGGGGGAGGAGUAUCUUGACUACCAUUUCACUACCAGCAUUACAUUAGCAUUACAGAGUUUUGUUAAGUUUACUAUAACUGUUUUGAAUACCUUUAUUUUAGAAAUAUAUGAUUUAACUAUAUUUACUGUAUGUGGGCAUCAUGCUCAAAUACAUACAUUCUUAUAACAAUCUGUUCCAUUUUUUAGUAAGCUGUACUGCUAGUAAUGCCAUCAUGGUCCUUACAAAUACCUAUAAGCAAAGUAGUUGACCAUAUUUACUUAAUUAUUGCCACACCUACUGCACGGUGAGAAAAUUUGCAUUUUUUUCUUUAAUACUAACAUUUCAGAGCCUGUGAAAUAUUACAAGAUAAACGCAAGACAUGUGCGUUCAGUUUCGAACAAAUUAAAUUUCGUCCAAAUUUCUGCUAAAUUUUGGAAUUCAGAAGCUUCUGAACUCAGUGUGACGAAGUACCCUUCGCCACUUGGUCCUGGAGAGGCCUGCUUGCCAGCCUCCUGCCCUGUGACUAUGACUCUUUGAUGUAUUUAGCUUUAAAGCCCCUAUUCUACCUUCAGACAGACUAUUUAUGUAGGUUGCUUUAUUUCUCUUAUGUUUUAGUCACCCUGUACCCAUUAUAGGUGCAGGGUGUGUGUAAUGUAAUUGUUUAUAGUGUGUGUGUGUGUACUGUGUAAUGUAUUGCCUGCUCUCCUGUACUGCUGAGGUUUGCUACCAACUAGGUGGGUUUGGCUAUGGAGCUUGUCUAGUGCCCUCUGUUGGUAGCAACAGCAAUAUGCACUACCUGAAUAGCAAGACUGGUUCAUUUGCAUAUUCGGGUAGAUUUGCAUAUUGCUAAUUCUGCAGGCAGGUGAGAUAUUUUCUGUUAAAUAUUGUCUCCCCCACCCCUUUAAAAAUAUGCCAUUGUGUUAUAAUAAGUCACUGUAUGUUGCCUGCUAUGAUUUGGCUGUUGUUUUCACCACAUUGUUAAUGUAAUGACCAUAUGGGUUAGUCCCAAGUAAAAUAAAGGUUUAGACAGUUCUUCUUGAUCCCUCUAAAUGUAGCCUUGUCUCAUUAGAGGGAGCGGUUAUAAUCACACUGGGGAUUGCUAUGCUCUGCAUACUCCCCUGAGCUUGAAUCACUUAGCUCCUUUAAGAGCUUGUUCCUGACAUGCUCUCCUUGGAGGAGAGGUCUUCACCACACAGUCCUGGAUGCUGGAGGUUCAUACAGGGUGGAAGGAAGAGGUCCCAUACGGUCCUGGAGGACAGAAGUUGAUCCGGGGUGGAAGAAAGACGGCGAGACUCCAGUCAAGCUACAGCGGUUGCGGAUUCUGUGGUGGUUGUGGUGUCUGCUGCAGUGCUUGGAGUCCUCAGGAAGCGCUAGGAGCAUCUUUCAACGGAGGUACCCAGUCGGGGUGCCAGGUGAUCCGUUACACUCAGCAACACCAGAAAUGACCGAAAACAAAAAUAAUCAUAACUAAAUUCUCUGAACAUUUACCUAUUUGCUCACACUGUUAUUUGCCCAUACAUGCAGUCAUAUACUGUUACUGUGCUGUUUACCCAUAUAUGCACACUGUCAUUCGAGCCAAUUCAUUCACUCGGCCAUUUGCCUAUACACGAACACAAUCACAUACACUGUCAUCACACUGUGUUUUGUGUAUAUAAUACAUAAUUUAUCUUUUAAUAGGGGAACAAAAUUAGGGAACUAUCUACUAAACAGCGCCAUAUAUUGAAUAACUUUUAUUCCCAAAAAAAUUUCAACCAAAUUUCAGUUCGUUCUGAGUUGAUAAUUAUAGAAUUUUGCCAAAACUAAUUUCAAAAUUACUGAAACAAAACCAGAAACUAACCGAACUGUUUUCCUGAGCACAUGUCUAGAAAUGUAUAUAUUCUUUAAAUUACCAAUUUUACUUAUAUGUAUGUUUGCAUAAUAAAUUGUAUUAAAAAUUUAAAAACAUAAUUCCAAAUAUAUGUGUAAGUUGUGUUUGAAAAUAUAUAUUGCACUUUUUCAAACAGGAGACUGUGAGAUGGCGGUGUGUGGAGGUGUGAGCUGUAUUCUUGAACCAAGAAUAUUUGUUGCUCUUUCCAAAGCAAAAAUGAUCUCUCCUGAUGGAAUAAGUAAACCAUUUUCCAAAAUGGCAGAUGGAUACGGAAGAGGUGAAGGAGCUGGCAUUGUUUUACUUAAAAAGCUGAACAAGGUAUACUAUAAAGAACUUAACAUGUGGAUAUAUUCACUAAAUAGUAUAUUGUGGUGAAGUAACAGCUAAAGGUUAUACAUAAUUAGGUCAGUAAUCGAGGAAUUGUCAUUCAGAAAAGUGAUAGCUCCUUGUUCUUUUAUUCUAUUAAACACAAUUGCAGUGGAGGUAAGUAAAAAAUGUACUUAACUCUGUUGCACUUCCAUGUUCUGCCAACUUUGGUAUCCCAUAACAGCUCAAAUGUGCAACCUAUCUUCAACAAUCUAGCUUAAAGGGACACUACAGUCAUCUGAACAACUUCAGCUUAAUGAGGUUGUUCAGGUGAGAACUAUAGCUCCCUGCAGCCUUUCUCAUGUAAACACUGUAUUUUCUGAUAAAAUACAGUGUUUACAUUGAAAGCUAGGAACACCUCCAGUUGCAGUCACUCACAGUGAAGCAUAAUAUGCCUCCAUGCACUCAGAUCUGCUGUGCACGAGCAUCCUGUGAUUCAGUAUCUCCUCCCACUGCAUGCAGACACUGAACUUUCCUCAUAGAGAUUCAUUGAUUCAAUUCAGCUCUAUGAGGAGAUGCUGAUUGGCCAGGGCUGUGUUUGAAUCAUGCUGGCUCUGCCCCUGAUCUGCCUCUUUGUCAGUCUCAGCCAAUCCUAUGGGGACGCAUUGUGAUUGGAUCAGGCUACAACUUCUGAUGAUGUCAGCAGACUGUUUUGUUUUUUAAGGCAAACAGCAUGCAGAGUUACAGCUUCUGGCUUGAAUACAGUAAGAUUUUUACUAUAUUUAUGGAGGCAUGAGGAGCCCAGGGGGGCUAGAUGGUGGUGUUAACACUAUAGGGUCAGGAAUACAUGUAGUUGCACUUGUGACUAUAAUGUCCCUUUAACCUUUUAUAAAUGCAGGUGUUAAUGCAAAUCAUUGUAAUGGUCAGUUUACUCAUUUUAAUAAACCUACUUUUUGGUAUUCUCUUUUUAAUUACAGGCAAAGCAAGAUGGCAGCAAAGUGUGGGGAGUCAUAUGUGCCAGUGCAGUAAAUCAAGAUGGAAGAUCAAUGACACCAAUAACCAAACCAUCUCAAAGACAGCAGGAAGCUUUGCUGAAGACAAUCUAUUCUAUCAUUGAUCCAUCUACAGUGCAGUACGUGGAAGCUCAUGGCACUGGAACUCCUGUUGGGGAUCCUGUGGAAGCAGCCAGCAUUGGAAACAUUAUUGGGAGAAAUCGUCCUAGUAGAUCUCCUCUAAAGAUCGGCUCAGUUAAAGGAAAUAUUGGUCACACAGAGUCUGCUUCCGGGGUGGCUGGUUUAAUUAAAGUUCUCCUAAUGAUGCACCAUGAAGUGAUUCCUCCAUCAUUGCAUUAUUCCGAAGAUCUAGGAAUUAUACAAAUAGAAGAAGCCAAUUUAACUAUUCCAAUAACUCCUGAAAAAUGGAGGGCUGAUAAUAAACUUGGCAGAGUGGCCAGCAUUAACAGUUUUGGGUUUGGUGGGACUAAUGUUCAUGUUGUGCUGAAGCAACAUAAACAAAAUUCCCCAAAAUGUUUAUCAAAAAGGCCUGUUGAAAUUUUUGUUGUAUCUGCAGCUUCCAGUAAAUCCCUCCAACUCACCAUUGAAGACACAAAGCAGCAGUUAAACAAAGUGGACUCUUUGUCUCUGGAGAACUUGGUCUACACAUCUGCAUGUAGAAGAAGCCACAGGAACUUCAAAUUUAGAAAAGCAUUUCUAGCAUCGUCCUUAAAACAUUUACAAGAACAACUAGCAAAAGCAAACACUGAAUCAUCUCCUGCACAAAAAAGUCCUACACUAGUGUUCGUGUUCUGUGGUAAUGGACUUUUAUAUAAAGGGAUGUGCAAGAUGUUACUGAGAUCAGAACCGGUAUUUAGAAAGAAAUGCAUUGAGAUAGAUGAGUUACUUCAGGUAUAUACAUCUCUUUCCAUGGUGAAGUUACUAGAGAGUGAGUAUGAUGAUUUCUCCAGACCAGACAUUGCACAGUUACUGCUCUUUACCAUUCAGACUUCAUUAGUGGCUCUACUGAGACAUUGGGGAGUCAAACCAGACACUAUCGUUGGACACUCAGUUGGAGAAGUUGCUGCCGCACAUUGUUCUGGACUUCUUUCACUUCAGGAUGCUGUGAAAGUGAUUUAUUACAGGAGCACGUUGCAAUCCAAAGUCACUGGAGGGAAAAUGCUGGUAGUGAGCAAUAUACCUGUGACCGAAAUAUCAAAAGAUAUCAGGUCAUAUGGACAAAGAAUAAACAUGGCCGCUUAUAAUAGUCCUACCUCAUGCACAGUGUCUGGCGAUGCAGAAUCAAUAGUAAAACUCCAUGAUCAAUUAAACCAACAGUACAGCAAAAGGAACAUAUUUCUUUACAAAUUAGAUGUUCCUGCAGCAUACCACAGUCAUUUGAUGGAUCCUAUAUUAGAGGAGAUAAAAGACAAACUGCAAGAUCUAACACCACACAAGCUUGAAAUAGAUCUUAUCUCCACUGUCACCGGAGAGAAAGCUUCUAAUGGAGAUUUUACAACUGGUGAUUACUGGGCCAGGAAUAUUCGAGAGCCAGUUGUUUUUGACAAAGCUAUAAGAUCUUCUAUUAAACAUAAUGAAAAUGCAGUGUUUAUUGAAAUUGGUCCGAGGAGAGGCUUAGAGCGCAAUAUUAAGGAAAUUGUGGGGCAAACCAGUAAUGUUUUGCCUGCAAUUCAGCUGGACAAGGAAUACGAGAUAAUAUUUUCCAUUCUGGUGAAACUUUUUACAGAAGGAUACAAUCCUGACUGGUGUAACAUCUAUGAAACAUAUAAAUCUCCACCAGCAGCUAUUCCCAGAUAUCAGUUUGACCAUGUUAAAAAAGAUGUAAACUUUGAGAAAAUUCAUCAAGGAAACCAAAGUUUUACCAAAUUGAGUCAUUCUCUAAUUCACAGUAUGAACGAAGAUUUCACAGAAUUUAGAUGCACAGUCUCUAAAGAACACACACCCUACAUCUAUGAACACAAAAAUAAUGAAAUGGUGCUAGUUCCAGGAUCAUUCUAUGUAGAGCUUGCUCUGGCAGCUACAAUUUCCAGUUUAAAGCCUAAAGUGCCUUUGAGUUCACUCACUGUGUACAUACAUUUCAAUAGGCCUUGUAUUGUUAACCAGGAAACUCUUAACUUAAAUAUUAAACUGGAAGAAAUGAACAAAGUGACACAUUUUGAAAUCUUGUCUUCACAUGUUUACGCAAGUGGAAAAAUAGAAAAAAACUUCAUAUCUGUAGAAGAAAAGAAAAUCUCAUUUCAACAUAUCUUAAAAAGAUGUAAUUUAGUUUUGAAACAAGAUGAAGUUUAUGAAUCACUAUCACUUUUUGGAUUUCAGUAUGGGAAAGCAUACCGACAACUAUCAGACAUACACUAUGGGGGAGAAUUAAAGGAAGGUCUUGCGAAAGUCACUGUGACGGAAGAGAUCGAGGAAACAAUGUAUGAGAAUUACAUUCAUCCGGUAGUCCUAGACAGCUUUUUUCAAAUGAGUGUCAUUGCAGGAACACAAGACAAAGAACCUACAGUCCUAUUCCCCUCUGAAGUGGGAAGUCUUACAAUACUCAGGCCUCUACAAAAAGUAAUGUAUAUACACCUAAAAACAAUCAAAAAGGCAAAAAAGUAUUUUGUUGUUUGUGGAUGCUUUUCAGAUGAAAAUGGUUUUAUUUUAGUUGAAAUAAAACAUUCCAAGAUCACAUUUCUUAAACAGUCAAAGAACGAACUAAGAAACAUCUUCUUCCAAAACAAAUGGGUCCAAGUACCAGAGGAGAUGAAUAAACCAACUCUGACACCAAAAACUCUAGUGUUUGCUGAUAGUAUAGGAAUUGGCCACCAGUUAGCUGAAUUUACAGAUGAUGGACUGGAGUUUGUACAUUUUAACAGCUGUGAUUUACAUCAACAAUUAACGAAAAAAAUCAAAAGUAAGUAUAAGGAGAUCUUGUUUAUGUGGGGAAUUCACACACCCAGUGAAAGUUCUCAAAAUCUGACUCACUACUUAGCAAAAUGCUGUGAAACAUAUCGACAAGUGAUUCUGGCUGUGAAACAACUUAUUCCAGGAGCCUCUAUAAGAACAGUCACAUUCAGAACAGCUGGAACCACGGUGGAUCACAUUAAUCCAGGCUUUGCUCUGAUUGGGAUGACUAGAAGUUGUAUAAUUGAGAUGUCUGACAUAACAUUUCAGCUGAUUGACAUUUCUUCUUCAAAUCGGGAAGAUGUAAAAACUCUGGCACAUGUUGUCCACAAUUUCAGUCCAAAGAACUAUCCAGAAAUUUGGAUAAACAAGGGUCAGAUAUUCACUAAUGAAGUUGCUAGAACUGAGAUGGACAUUGGAGAACAAAGGGUGCAUGCUGUACCUUUGAAAAAGUCUGACAGUUUUAUCUUAUUUACUGAGAAUCCAUACAGGGUAACAGAACUUUCAGCUGAACUAAAUAAUUCCAGUGACAUAAAGCUCACAGAAACAUGUGUUGAGGUUCAGAUUGAUUUGAUAUGUUCGCAUACAGAAGAUUUUUUUCCUGUUACUACCUCAAGCUUUGAGUUUGGAAAUACUUUGUACUGGAGCAAUUUGUCUAAGGAAAAACAUAAACUCCUUGCUCUGGAUUUCACUGGCACUGUAACAAAAGUUGGAAAAGGUGUUAAGAAGCUUAAAGUUGGUGAUCGCAUUGCUUCAUGUUAUCCUACAGCUGCAUCAUCCAGAACAAGUCUUCCCGAGUCUGUCUGCUACUUAAUCAAAAAAGUCCCAGUCUUAAGGAAACUGCCUUGUGUGUCUCUUUUUAUUUUAGCCUGGGAAGUUUUCCAUCGUCAACUGCCACCAGCAAAAAAUAAACCUAAACUCAUAAUUAUAUCUUCAGAAAAAACCUCCAUUCUGAAUAUGAUUCUCAUUAAUACUGCAAAAAGAAGAGGAUGGGAUCCAAAAGUAUCAUCGGAGAUUGAUAUAAAUGCCAAGCAGUGCAGCGCCAUGAUUAUUCUGCAUUCAUCUACAAACAUUUUGAUGGAAGAUCUUUCUCAAUUACCCUUACUUAAGGAUUUAGUUUUAAUACGUUUCCAGGCCUUAAAUGAACACUGCAGGCAGGAUAUACACAUUUGUUUACUCAAUCCCGUUACCAUCUUGCAGAGAGGAUAUAUAUAUCAGUUUUCCAAAGACAUUUACAAAUGGCUACAGUCAAUACAUGAAGACAUAUCUCUAAAUAUGGCAAGUUCCACACACGCUAGCAGAAACUGCACUGCUGAUAAAGGAUUCAGCUACUUCACAGCCCAUUCUUUACCACUUCUUGACCUUGACAAAAACAUCUCAAGUAUCUCACUGUUUGCAAAACAGGAAACACUAUUUAAACGUGGUGCUAUUUACAUAGUCACCGGUGGACUGACUGGUCUUGGAUUUGAAACAGUAAAGUUCAUUGUGCGGAAUGGUGGUGGCAACAUUGUAAUUCUUUCCAGAAGAAAUCCCACCCCUGAAAUGCAACAGGAAAUUAAAAAGGCUAAGGGUGAUCAGAAAAAUGUCAUAAUCACAGCCAUCUCAUGUGACAUAAGCAGUUACUCCGAGGUAACAAAAACCAUGCAUUUUAUACAGAAAAUAUUCCCCAACAUUCCAAUCAAAGGUGUUUUUCACAGUGCUGUAGUUUUACAUGACGGGGUUCUACAGCAUCUCGACAUAUCACUGUUUGAGAAGGUGUUGAAGCCUAAAGUGGAUGGGGCAAUAAAUCUGCACCGUGCUACAAUAAAUCAGGAACUGGAUUAUUUUGUAUGUUAUUCCUCUGUUGCUUCAUUUGUAGGAAAUGCUGCACAAGCAAAUUACGCUGCUGCCAACUCAUUUCUAGACAUAUUCUGUCAAUACAGAAGGAAUAUGGGUCUUUCUGGUCAAUCAAUCAACUGGGGUGCCCUCAAUCUUGGACUUUUAAACAAAAGAAACCACGUUCAAGAAAUGUUGGAAGCAAAAGGAUUAAUUCUUUUUAACACUGAGGAGAUGCAUAAACAUCUUAAAAAAUGUCUUAAACUUAAUAAUUCCCAACAAGCGAUCAUCAAAUUUGAUGUUCAAACCAUGCAUGAUAACCUACUGUCUUAUGUUCCAACAUUGAAGAAGCGAAUAUACAAUGCAAUUAGGGAAGAACUUACUACUACGAAGGAUACAAUUCGUGCUAAUGGAUCUUCCAAACAUACUUACAUGAAAUCAGAAGAUUAUGUGAUGGCAGUGAUUAGUGAACUGACCAGUCUCAGUUUAAGUGAUAUCAUCAUGGACUCCUUCCUGAAUUCAUUGGGAAUUGACUCUAUGUUGGGCAUGACAUUACAGAACCGAAUACUUCAGGAAAGGAAUGUUCUCAUACCUAUUGUGAAAUUACUUGAUCCCAGCACAACUAUCUCAUCAAUUGUAUCCAUACUGAAUGAAAAUACUAACAAUUCACUAGAAGAAACAAAAUUUUAA